UUCCUUUAAAAAAAGCAAAACUCAUUCAUAUGAUAUACCUUUAGCUUUUUUUCCCAUUUUCAAUUUCUUCAAUAUAAUUAAACUUAAUUUUGUAAAAUUAUCUGUUGCUUGAAUCCCUAUCUUCAUCUACUUCUGAAUUUUCAUCUCAUCCAAUCCAACAUUCUCCAUAAAAAUUUCGCUUUACAUUUUCAUGAUCUAACCGAGCAGAGAGCGGUUAGUUUGCGAAAAUGACGAGAGUGAGCCGUGAUUUUGGUAACACAAUGCAAAAAGAGGCCGUUCCAGCUGUAUCAGCCGACGUCGUAUUUGCUUCAAGUCGUUUUCCCAAUUACAAAAUUGGGGCUAAUAAUCAGAUUGUUGACGGCAAAGAUGAUCCAAAAGUGAUCUCGAUGAAGGAGGUUGUUGCGCGUGAAACUGCUCAAUUGCUAGAACAGCAGAAACGCCUCUCAGUUCGAGACCUUGCUAACAAAUUUGAGAAGGGCUUGGCUGCUGCUGCUAAGUUAUCUGAAGAGGCUAGGCUCAGAGAGGCAGCUUCAUUGGAGAGACAUGUGCUUUUGAAGAAGCUUAGAGACGCACUGGAAUCCUUGAGAGGACGUGUGGUGGGUAGAAACAAAGAUGAUGUAGAGGAAGCUAUUGCUAUGGUGGAAGCUUUAGCAGUUCAGUUGACUGAAAGGGAAGGGGAGCUAAUUCAAGAAAAAGCAGAAGUGAAAAAGCUGGCAAAUUUUCUUAAACAGGCUUCAGAAGAUGCUAAGAAACUUGUUGAUGGGGAAAGAGCUUUUGCUCGGGCUGAAAUUGAGAGUGCAAGAGCUGCAGUUCAGAGGGUGGAAGAAGCUCUUCAGGAGCAGGAAAGAAUGUCUCGUGCUGCAGGGAAGCAGGAUUUGGAAGAGUUAAUGAAGGAGGUUCAAGAGGCUAGACGGAUUAAAAUGCUGCAUCAGCCAAGCAAGGUUAUGGACAUGGAACAUGAACUUCGAGCAUUGAGAAUUCAGCUUGCAGAGAAGUCUAAGUGUUCUCUUCUCCUUCAAAAAGAGCUGGCAAUGAGCAAGAGGGUUGAAGCACGAACACCUGAUUUAUAUGAGUUAGAUGGUUCUGAAGCUUUAGGUUCAUAUUUACGAAUUAAACCUUCCACUGACGGUGCUCCAGAACUUUCCAGAUUUUCAAUUCAAUGGUAUCGUGUAUCAUCUGAAGGUGGAAAAAAAGAGCUUAUAUCAGGGGCCACUAAACCAGUUUAUGCACCAGAGCCUCUUGAUGUUGGCCGAAUACUGCAAGCUGAACUAAUUUGUGAUGGCCAGCAAAUCACAUUGACAACCACUGGUGCCAUUGAUCCAGCUGCUGGUUUGGGAAGUUAUGUGGAGGCACUUGUGAGGAAGCAUGAUGUUGAAUUCAAUGUAGUAGUUACUCGGAUGAAUGGUGCUGAUCAUACAUCAGAAUCCAUCCAUGUACUGCACGUGGGAAAGAUGAGGAUGAAACUUUGUAAAGGAAAGGCAACACUUGCUAAAGAGUACUAUUCCACUUCAAUGCAGCUAUGUGGAGUUAGAGGUGGUGGAAAUGCUGCAGCACAGGCAUUGUUUUGGCAAGCAAAAAAAGAGCUUUCAUUUGUUUUAGCAUUUGAAUCUGAGAGAGAAAGGAAUGCUGCUGUUAUGCUUGCCAGGAGGUUUGCGUUUGACUGCAAUAUCACGCUUGUUGGGCCAGAUGACAGAUCUCCUUUAGGAAACUAACUGACCUCCAUCAUAUUCAGUUUUACUAAUUGUAAUUAUUUUUGUUGAGUAAGACCAUGUAUUAUAAGUUUGUAUUACUAGGAUUUGGGCCUGUAUGAUUGUAUUGUGGCUGGCUUCUGUUUAUUCUUUUUGGUGUUAGCGCAGAGGCAUUGAUUUUUGUUUGCCUUUUUGUUUGAGUGUAACAUAUUCCCAACAACAUUUGGAGAAUUAUCUGCUGCUGUAUUUUAAUCUACAAUUUGUUGAAAUAUUGGUAUUUUAUGAUUGAUGAUUGGUAUAACAAUUGCUAGAUUCUGGA